CUCACGUCAUUGCAUGGAAACAGCCCCGCCUUGCCUUGCAGCUGCAAAACAAGUCAUUCACCUGAGCGAGCUUGCGCAACAUAGGAGGGCUGGCUGGCUGGCUGGCUGAGAGACCUUCCGUAGCCGAGGAUGGCGUAUGCCCUGCCGUACUCUUCCCAUAUAAACAUUCCGUGCCUGCUCUUCUCUUUCCCUUUCAUUCCACACACACCACUUCAACUCAUCACCAACAUCCAAACUGGCUUCUAUACAAGUCCUUGACGAAUCACCCAUUACAAUCUUCAAUCAACCACACACCUUCCCAAUCAUGUCUCUUCACUGUGAGUAGCUCUCGACCGAUGUUUUGGAAAUUUGGUGUGCCGGGUUGAGGCGCUGACGACAUGAUACAAUCGAGCAAGAGCUCCAGCUUCUGUCUAUCAACACCAUCGUGGGAUUGGCGGCAAUUCAAUUGAACGGAUUGGGUUGACACCAAUCAACCAUCAAACCGAUCCUACAAUUCGUUUCUAGCAUUUACUGACUUUUCAUUUUCCAGACCUCCCACCUGUCAAGCCAUCGGCCAUCGCCCUCGGCACAGUCUUCAACCACGCUGCCUCCCUCGCCAUUCUCGGACCGGUCUUUGGAGAUACCUACCACCGUGCCCAAGCCGCAAACUCCAAGGAGGAAUUCAUCAAGUCAAAGGAGGCUGCCUCAGCAGCUGCCGCAUACGGAACAUCUCUCGUUGGUUCAGCAAUCCGUAAGUUGUCCUACAACAUCUCCGAUUAAAACGCAAAAGCAGGCAAUUCUAACAUAUUUAACAGAAUCGUACGGUAUCGGAGCUCUAAUUAACGCAACUGGCACUCUUUCAUACAAAGGUGCAGCAUACUUGGGAUCAUUGAUCUUCUUCGCUAGCUCCGCUCCCUCAGUACGUUCUCACCCUCCUACCUCACCUUUAACAACAGUCACUAACCCCCCUCCAGUUCAUCGCACAAAUCACCACCGAGAAGCGACCACUCGACACCGUCGCUGUCGGAGCCCUCGCACGAGUCUUCGAGACUGUCGGACUCUCCAUGUUCCUCACCUGGUGGGGAACCCGAACAAACCCAUUCGAGUAAAUGUAUUUAAUUCUUGCGACUGGGAACGGGGCGUGGUAAUAUUGCGUUGAGAGUGUUUUUAAAAAGAUCAACUCAGCUCUCGGGUUAAGGCGAUGGACUUUUGCGAUACUGUUCGCUGUUUCAUGAGCCUCUCGAUGUAUUAAGGUUUCACCUGGGGGUUUAGGGAAUACCAAUUUAUGAAACUUUCAAAAGUGCAAGUCUUUCUGUGUGUUGUAGUGAUUGUGAUUCACAUGUUAUGAAUCUUCCGGAACUACUUGAUUAUAAUUUAC